AUGCAGUACAGGAAUCCAACUAUCGCCGAGAACUUGGAAUGGUUACCAACCAAAGGAAACAAUCUGUCGUUUUUAAAUAUUACCAACUUUGACAAUAUUAAAAUGGAUACAGCAGCUUCUUUAUAUCCUACAGAUGUCUGGUCUGAAUUAAUUGAAUCUGAGUUCCAGAAUUAG